UGAUACCAGACCAGCACGUGACUAGAUAAACAUGGAGUCACACAGUAAGUCGUUGCUGUUCUUAUGUUGUUGGUUGGGCUUAUUGUCUGUCAGCACAUCGGCUCCACGGCAAGUGCUAUAUAAAUUGGACUCAUCGUGGCCCCUAAAUACAGAUGUGUUUACUGGAAAAGUUUUCAGUGUCGACAUCGAUGACAAAACAGGAGAAAUAUACGUGUCCCAGAGAGGAGUUGAUUAUCAUCCUGUAGUAGUGUUCUCAGAGGAUGGAGAGCUGAAACGAGUGUUUACUUUCGACACCUCCAUUGUCAGUAUGAUCCAUGGACUACGAGUAUUCCACAAUGUUUCAUCCGGUCAAACAAGUGUAUGGGUCACAGAUGUUGGAAAUGCUACAUAUGGACACACAGUAAAGAAGAUUUCAACAGAUGGUAAACUGGAGCUUGUCCUUGGAACUGCAGGAAUAGCAGGAUCAAGCUUGAGCCCUUUGCAGUUCGGCAAUGUUGCGGAUCUUGCUUUCAGUGAAAAGGGAGAGAUGUAUGUGGUAGACGGAGAUGGUGGGGUUAACAACAGGCUGUUGAAGUUAUCUCAAGUGCAAGCCUUUGAUGCAGAUACGGGCAAGUUUAUUGGCAAAUGGACAAGUUGUUUCUCUGUUGGGCAACCAUACUCUGUCAGAAUGAGUAAGGAUAAAACGCAUUUCAUCGUUGCACUACUUCAGCAGAGUAAAAUUCUUUUAGUUGCCACUCCACCAAGUGCAGGACCAAUAGGCGACUGCAAGGUCUUGGGUUCUAUAGAUCUACCAGAAAAUACCGGACCGCAUCUAGUGGGAGUUAGCAAAUCAACAGGUGCUUUUUAUGUGGCUGAACUUAACACACAGACAUGUCAGAAAUUUGUACCCAUUGGACUACAUAGAAUUAAUAUAGAUUAAAUAUGUUUUUCUCUUGCCAUAUUAUUGUUCCAAUUAAAGAGGAUAUUAUAUUUUUGUGAUUAAAAUAAAAAACAGUGAUGUAGGCUAGACUUAGCCCCGGUGUGUGUCACAAUGAAGAGUUAUAUGGAUAUGUUUUGUGAAAGAGUAUUAAGGUAACUUACAGUACUAAUAAUUACAAUAACAAAAGAACUAUGAAGUGAGUAACUGGCAUACGAGUCAGCAGAAAAGUUGACAUGAAUAAUGAUGAGCUAAACGUGGCAAUUGGUGAUAAGUGCUCACAAGUGAAGUGUAAAAUUAUGUUAAUUUAUGAUCAAAUUUUUAGAAUAGGAAUCAACCUGUACACAGUUGCACAGGAUAUGUGAUAGCUCGAGGUGAGCAGAAUGGUGUUAGUGCAUUGGACACACCCAAGCUGAAACACCUAAGGCUUAGGAAAGUGUGGUAGCUAAAUUAAGAGCACCACUAACACCUAUGCACUAUCAAACAAGAACAGAUGUACAAGGACAUAUGUGAGUACUUUUAAUGAUUUAUAAAUGUGAAAUUACGUUCCUAUAAAGUUCCAUAUAUAUUUAUAUGUUGAAUGGUAAUUGUGCAAGUAAUGGGAUACAUGUAACCCCUACGUGGUAUGUGGUAUUAAUACUUACCUUGAAUAUGAUUAAAGUGGAAAUGUUGGACAUAUA